AUGGGCAAGUCUAAGAAUACCAGUAAACCACUGACACAGGAAGAGAUUUGGGAUGAUUCCGCGCUGGUCCAGAGUUGGGAUGAAGCUGUCGAGGAAUACAAACUUUAUCACAGCAUCCAGGCAGGAAGGGAAGAUAUAGAUGAAGUACUGAGAGAGGCAGAAGCUGCAGAGAACCCUCAAGAUACUCCACUCAAGCAAAAUCUCGACGAAGUGGUCGAUCAUAUGGAUCAUGACGCGGAACCCUCUGUAAUUGAUGCAGCUCCUGCUGAAGCCAAAUUAGUAGCCGAUUCUCAACAAGACUCCACCCUUGAUACAUCCAAUACAUCACACACCUCCGCAGCUUCAGAGCCCACAAUGAAGCCCUGUGGCACUGGUUUCAAUCCUGAAGGAGCCGUGCCUACGCCUCAUGCCGCUUUGGCGCAAGUGCAAGACAAAUGCUUGAAAAACCUCAUGAUGGCCUGGUACUAUGCUGGAUACUAUACUGGUCUCUAUGAAGGGCAGCAGCGAACAAAGCAGAAUUAUGAUUCCUGA